GGCGAUUGUAACUGAUCGUCGAUCCUUCACUAGAAUAUUUAUUAAUUAAUCCAAACUAAGAUAGAAUGGCAGCGAAACUGUUAUAUUUUGUACUCUUCAUCGCUGCCGCAGUGUCUGCGGAUGAUGAACCCGUGCUAGCAAGACUACUAGUGUCAAAACAAGUGCUAAACAAAUAUUUAGUAGAGAAUAUGGAUAUACUAGUAAAAUACACAUUGUUCAAUGUUGGGAGCGCACCGGCUGUUGAAGUGAAACUCGUGGACAACGGCUUCCAUCCGGACGUGUUUACUGUAGUAGGCGGACAACUGACCGCGGAAAUCGAUAGGAUUGCACCUCAAACUAAUGUAUCCCAUGUAGUGACUGUCCGGUCCAAUAAGUACGGCUAUUUCAACUUCAGCUCGGCGGAAGUCACAUACAAAGCCAGCGAAGACGCCACAGACGUCCAAUAUUCGAUCAGCAGUGCUCCAGGAGAGGGAGCCAUCGUAGCCUUCAAAGAUUAUGAUAGAAAGUUCUCCUCGCACAUCCUCGAUUGGGCGGCAUUCGCAGUUAUGACCCUCCCGUCCCUAGCCAUUCCAUUUGGCCUUUGGUACUCAUCAAAGAGCAAAUAUGAGAAGCUUUCAAAACCCAAAAAGGGACACUAGUUAAGUUUUUAUUGUAAUGUAAUUAGUUAGGUCUGUGUUGCUAACGUUUCAAUUUUAAAUCGUGUAUUUUUGGUUGAACAAUGUUUUAAUAACAGCCAUAGACUUUAAUAUUUAUUUAAUAAAUUUAUGGCUGUACAAAUAUAGUCUAUGUUUUUGUAUAUAAAAAAAGUUGUUACCCGACUGCCGAAGUUAUCUUUUUCAUGUGAUUGUGUAAAUGUACAACAACGAUUUUAAAUGAAAGGUCAGCAACAAAAGUUCAUGUUCCAUUAUUAUGUCGCUCGCGAACAUCUCUUAAUUGUUAAUAUAAUUUAUAAAGAACAAUAAAAACGAAUCUUUUAC